GGGAUGCUGCGAGUUAUUUUACUGGCGGCUGUGGUUGCAGUUGCGGCUGCAGACGACUCUUACUUGAUAAUAACGCCAACAGACUUCCGAGCUGGCAUUCCACUCGGUAUCACUGUCAACAUUCUGAAUGGAGCCGGCGACGUGAACGUGAAAGCCGACCUUGUCAAUGAAGGCACGAAAGCCACGAUAGCUACUGGCCAUGGGUCAUUUACUCCCGGUAAAGUGGGGACCUUGACUAUAUCGGUACCGGACGAUGUCCAUAGCGGCUCGUAUAAGUUACACGUGCAGGGCUCGGGCCACGGGCUUCACUUCUCUAAUGAGACGAGCAUCACCUUCCAGAGCAAGAGUGUCUCCAUCUUUAUUCAAACUGAUAAAGCCACAUACAAACCGGGACAGACAGUGAACUUCCGGGCGUUCGCUGUUUUCCCGACUCUGGGCGUCUACGACGGGACGUAUGACAUUGACGUUUAUGAUCCAAAUACAAACAAGAUCAAGCAAUGGAAGGGCCUACAGGACGCCAGUGGGGUGAUCACCAACUUCCUAAACAUAGACACACAGCCUGUACUCGGAGACUGGAAAAUCAAAGUGUCUGCUCAUGGAAGGAGCGAAGAAAAGAUUUUCGUUGUGGCACAUUACGUGCUACCGAAGUUCGAGGUCAAGGUCGAGAUUCCUUCGUUCAUCCUGACAUCGGACGGUACUAUUGAUGGCAAGGUCACGGCUACGUACACCUAUGGCAAGCCCGUGCAGGGUCAGACCGACAUUCAGGUGAAGCUGACCAACUGGUAUCGGCCCUACAAUUACCAUGGCGACGAACCAAGUGCUACACAAUCCCUUACGUUAAAUGAGAAUGGAGAGGCCCAGUUUUCCAUCUCUCUGGAUGCGAUCAAGCAGGGCCAACAUUACCUGAACGGACACAAGAUUAUCGUGCAAGCAAAUGUGACCGAGAAUCUCAACCAGAUUACACUGUCAGGGGACAGCACUGUACAGUUCUACGACCACGCCGAGAAACUGCACUUCCUCGAGUCAAAUCCGAAUACGUUCAAGCCAGGUCUUCAGUACACUGCCUAUUUGCGAGUGUCCGCCCAAGACGACCAACCCCUGCAGGCGCCCCGUGAAUCCCUGCACGUAAAGACGCGGGCCACGUAUCGCGAACAGGGUGUCGACCCCACCCCCUACCCCUGGUAUCAGGCGCCCUCGCACUCGUACUUCCUUCCCGAGGAAUCGCUUAUUGUCCCAGACAAUGGUAUUCUUCCUAUACAAGUGGACAUUCCGGAUAACUCAACGUCUAUUUCCAUUACAGUCACAUACGGGAAGGUGACAGCCUCCUUGUCUCUGAGCAAGAGCUACUCCCCGAGUGACAACUACAUGCAGCUUUCCCUAAAGUCUGCCGGGCUCAGGGCGGGCGACGUAGCUAUGUUUGAAGUAACGGCGACUGAGCCAAUCUCCAACCUGUCAAUCCAGGUGAUGUCCCGAGGGUCAGUGGUGAUGUCCGGCACGGUGACAGGAAGUGCUUUCAAUGUCCCUGUAGACGCUAAGAUGGCACCGAACGCGCGCGUUAUCGCUUAUUACGUUAGAGCUGACGGUGAAGUGGUCAUUGACAGCAUUAGUUUUGACGUCAGCGGUGUCUUCGAAAAUCAGGUGUCCAUAUCAUUCGACAAAACAAAGGCGACCCCAGGAGAUACGGUGAACGUUGUGGUGACGGCGGACCCGAACUCCAUCGUCAAUCUGCUUGCGGUGGACCAGAGUGUUCUCCUUCUCAGGGGCGGAAAUGACGUCACACCAUCCGAGGUUGUUGACGAACUCAAAUCCUACGACACGAUAAUUCAUCCCCGGAACAACUUCUGUUGCGACUUUAUGCCGAUGGCCGUUGGUCGCAAGAAGCGAAUGAUCUGGUGGCCAUACCCCACAUAUUACGGUGGUUCCGACGCCCAGUCUGUCAUCCAGAACUCCGGCGUAAAGGUGAUGACAGACGCCGUGGUGUUUCAUCACAAGGAAGAAAUUAUUUACCCUAUGUUCGGUGGAGGGGGGAUGGUGGAUGGUGCCUUUAUGGCCCCGGGAAUGGCUCUUCCGAAUAUGGCUAUGGCCGGAGGCAUGGCUCCUCAGCCGGCUCCCCAACAAAAUAUGGCCGUUCAGCGAAUCAGAAACGUGUUCCCAGAAACAUGGCUCUGGUCUAAUUCCACUGCUGGCGCGGACGGCAGUGUGACAAUCAGCACCACCGUCCCUGACACCAUCACUUCCUGGAUCGCCAGCGCAUUCGCCGUCAAUGCUUUGACCGGGCUGGGCGUGGCUGAUUCGCCUGCAAAGAUCGAAGCAUUCAAGCCGUUCUUCGUGAGCUUAAACCUGCCCUACUCUGUUGUGCGGGGAGAACAGCUUGCUCUGCAGGCUAACGUCUUCAACUACAUGGACCAGGAUAUGGACGUCCUUGUCACACUGAAAGCCUCCAAUGACUUCAAGAGUUUGGUCGUGGACUCCUUCGGAAACGUGAACUAUGUCUCACAAGCCCAGACUGAAAACGUCCAUGUGCCUCACGGUACUGCCAAAUCCGUGUUUUUCCCGAUCGUGCCAGCGGCCUUGGGCAAGAUUCCCAUGACCGUCACCGCCCAGUCGCCUCUCGCCGCCGACGGCGUACAGCGACAGCUGUUGGUUGAGGCUGAGGGCGUUCCCCGCCAGUUCAGCAACCCUGUGAUGGUUGACCUGAAGAACGUUAGCACUUUCGACGAGACCGUUGACAUUUCACUCCCAGCCGGCGUCGUCGCGGGAUCACAGAGGGUCGUCGUCUCAGCCAUCGGUGAUCUAUUGGGCCCCACGGUCAACAACCUGGACAAGUUACUGCGCAUGCCUACCGGAUGUGGCGAGCAGACGAUGCUCGGACUUGCCCCGGACGUUUUCGUUACCAACUACCUGACAUCCACAAACCAGCUGACAGGCGAUAUUGAGGAGAAGGCUAUAGGGUUCAUGGAGUCAGGAUACCAGCGGGAGUUAACCUACCAACACAAGGAUGGUUCCUUCAGCGCUUUUGGUGACAACGACAAGUCCGGCAGCAUGUGGUUGACGGCGUUUGUGACGAAGACGUUCCACCAGGCUAAGAAGCAAAUCUUUAUUGACGACGAGACAAUCAAGCGGGCUGUGGACUGGAUGAUUGCCCGACAGAACGCCGACGGUUCAUUCCCCGAGCCGGGCAGGGUCAUUCACAAGGACAUGCAGGGUGGUUCUGCCUCCGGUGUUGGACUGACGGCUUUCGUCCUGAUCGCACUUCUUGAGAACAACGACCUUGGUGAUGGCAUCCAGCAGCGUAUCAGCAGGUCUGUUUCCCUGGCCACCACGUACAUGGAAUCUCAGAUCGCCACCACCCAUGACGACUAUGUGUUGUCCCUGGCUACCUACGCUCUCACCCUCGCCAAGAGCAGUAGCGCAGACGCCGCCUACCAGAAAUUGCAGAAAGACGCCAUAAUUAACGGCGGCACCAUCCACUGGCACAAGGCCCAGACAUCCACGACAUCAAGUCACUGGCAGCCCUCUCACUCGCAGGCGAACCCUAUCGAUAUCGAGAUGACGUCAUACGCGCUUCUCGUGGAGGCCAUGCGAGGCGACAUGUCAAUGGGUAUCCCCAUCAUGAAAUGGGUCACCGGACAGAGGAAUUCCAACGGCGGCUUCAGUUCCACACAGGACACUGUUGUAGCCCUGCAGGCUCUGUCGGAUUUCGCAGCAAAGAUCUACUCGAACACGUUCGACAUCACGGCGACAGUCACCGCGGGAACAUUCACGCACACCUUCAACAUCAACAAACAAAACGCUCUCGUUCAACAGUCUGUCGUGCUCCCGUCAGUGCCAAGUCGCGUCCAGAUUCACGCUACAGGUCACGGGAUGGCCCUUCUAGAUGUUGGCCUAUCGUUUAACGUGGAACAGGAAAUUGAGUUGCCAACAUUCCAAGUGGAUGUUACUCUGGUUACCGAAACUAUCGACAUGCUCACAAUCAAGACGUGCACGAAGUGGCUACAGACGGGAGCGAGCGGUAUGGCUAUCCAGGAGCUUGGUAUCCCCACAGGGUUUGAGGCGGAUCUGGAGAGCUUGGACCAGUUCACAGAGAUCAAGCGAGUCGAGACACAGGACAGGAAAAUCAUCCUUUACUUCGAUGAGAUCACACCCACGCCGCUGUGUAUCACCGUGGAUGUAAUUAGGACCGGUAUGGUGGCGAAGUCGCAGCCCGCCGCUGUCCGCGUGUACGAUUACUACCAGCCUAGUAACCAGGUGACGUCAUUCUACCAGUCCCACGUUCUACAGAACGCCGACAUUUGUGACGUUUGUGCAGACUGUGGCUGUGCCUCUACAAGGCGUUAAGAUCCAUUAGAUGAAGGGCGCAUACCGAAUUUGCAGAACAUUGGCUCUCGAGUGUGUCUAAAAACUGUGAUAUGAAAACCAUAAAAAUAAUACAGAAAUGAAACUAAAUGUUGUUCCUAAAUCAAUAUGUGUGUUUUUUAAUGUUGUAUGUUCAUGCUAUUAUUACAAGUACAUGUAUGCUUGAUUUUCUGAAUAAAUACAUCAUGAUUAUGUAUAAA